AACUGAAUUAUUAUCAUUGGCUGAACAUUGAACAAAGUCAACAAACUUGGGGCUGAAAACUCGUUGAAAGACUUAGCAUGCCUUUAGUUCUUAGAGCUAAGACUGUAGUUGUGGGUGACCCUGCUGUUGGUAAAUCAGCUUUAAUCAAAUCAUUACAAACUGAUGGAACACAAUUCCUCAAAAGCUACUCAAUGACACUAGGAGUUGAUAUUUCUAUGAAAACAAUAAACUUGAAGGACUCUGAAGACAUUGUUGAGCUGUAUGUGUAUGAUUCAGCAGGAAAAGAACUGUAUUCAGACUUUGUUCAAAACUUUUGGGAGCAUCCAGGAGUUGUUGCUGUCGUGUUUGAUGUAACAGAUAGACAGUCAUUUCAGUCCUGUACCAAAUGGCUAGAGCGAGUUAAAGCUAGGAAAGCUGCAGUUGAGCUUGUUUUACCAGGUGUAUUGAUUGCAAAUAAAGUUGAUCUAACUCAACGCCGUGAAGUAACAGAAGAAGAAGGAAGGAGCUUUGCUAAAUCAAAAGAAUUGGAAUAUUUUGAAUGCUCUGCUAAAGAGCAAGAUAACAUACAAGAACCUUUCAAGUAUUUGGCUGAAUCAUUUCAUUCACUUUAUCAAAGCAAAGCAAAUCAAAUACAGACUCUUGUCCUUUCAUGAAUAAUGCACACAUUAAUUCUAAAUCAGGGCGGGGGUGUUGUUUACUCUAAUAUCUAUGGUUGUUUGUCAUUUAAUGAGCCCCACCCAAA